UUCUUUUGGAUUACCACAAGAAUUGAAUUGAAUUGGUCUCUCCAUGGUAACUUGAAAGUUGAAGUGGCUUGGCUCUAUGAGACUCUCUGGUCAGAGACGGCGAUGAUUCUAGGCCGAUGGGUUUCCUUCAGUUGCGUCAACACGCCGGUUACUAAGGUUUCCGACCGACGAAGACAUUCGGAGUUUCGUGGUCUCUCCUCUACUACCACUUGUCGUCCUUCUCUCAGAUGCUCUUGUCUCAAAAGCAAAUCCACACAAGAAACUACUCAGAUUGAGAAGUUGGGGAAUGAAGAUGGGUUCUCGGUUUUGGCAUCAGAGAUUCCAUGGGAAGAUAAUAACAUAUGGAGCACAUUUGCUCUUUACAUGUUCUCUCUGCAUAUUCCUCUCAGUUUUGGGGGUUUAUCCAUUGUUGCCAACAUACUCCACCGGCAGGUUCUUGAUCCUCAGACCCAAGUGCUAUCACUUGUGGUUCUCCAAAUGGUAGAACUUUCAGGGACAGUCUUGCUGCUGAGGACCACAGCGAAGCCUCAGUGCAAAUCAAUCAACUUUCUAAAGGGUAAUAAUGAAUCAAGGGAAGAAAGAAACUGGGUGGUUGGCUCAGCAUUGGGUUUGGGAUGUCUUGUGGGCUUUAUCUUCGUCACGUCGCUUGUAGCUGAUCAACUCUUUGGCUCUAAGGCUGUACAUGAAUCAGAAUUGGAGAAGAUAUUGGUGAGCGGGGAAGUGGCGAGAAGCGGGUGUUUUGCUCUCUACUGCGUAGUAGCUCCCAUCCUUGAGGAGAUAGUGUACAGACGCUUUCUACUGACCUCCUUAGCGUCGAGAAUGGAAUGGUGGAAGGCACUAGUGAUCAGCUCAGGAGUAUUUGCAGCAGCUCACUUCUCAGGUCAGGAUUUUGUGCAGCUGUUUGGGAUAGGGUGCGUUAUCGGUUCAUGUUACAUCUGGUCAGGGAACUUGGCCUCGUCAGUGCUCGUCCACUCAUUGUACAAUGCCUUAACACUCCUCUCUUAGCCACGUUCAGAUGACAAGGAAAACUUUCCCACCAGGGUUCAAGGCACGGCCACUGGCAGGUUUACAUAGGGGAAUUGCCAGCCUCGUGGGAUUAGUCCUUGGGCCUAGGAAGCCUUUGGGAGACCCGCGGUUAUUCAAAAAAAAAAAAAAUCUCUUCUUUGUUUAAAGACAAGACAACGUAUAAACUAUAAACCACUACACUUGUUCCAAGCAUUGUUAAAGAUGAUGAUGAUUCAAGAUCAAAUUCUUAAAUUUUGGAAGCCGUCCUUCACCUU